GGGCUUGAGACGAAGUGUUGAUGUGAGCCCCGAAGUUAGUGUUGUUAGGGACAUUCGUGAAAAAGAACUAAGAAUUUAUACUGAUGCUGGAAGAGUAUGUAGACCUUUAUUCAUUGUAGAAGACCAAUGUUUAAAAAUAAGUAAAGAACUUAUACAUAACCUGGAUGUUAAUAAGCUUAAAGGUCGAACAAGUGGGCAGGCGGAUGAUGAUAAAAAUAUAGAUGGCAUUGAUGAUGAAAUACAGGAUGAAGAUGCUGAGGAACAAGGCACAAGAAGUCGACGAAAUAGACAAGUUUAUGCAUGGCAUGAUUUAAUUUCCAAUGGCGCAAUUGAGUACAUAGAUGCGGAAGAAGAAGAAACAGUUAUGAUCUGUAUGACUCCUGAAGAUUUAGCAGCGUCAAGGUAUUAUUAUCAAACUGGUGUUACACCAUCGUCAAAAGCACACGAAAAAGACGUGGCAGCUCGUGUUAAAAGUGAAACAAAUUUAUACAUACAUACUUGGACACACUGCGAAAUUCAUCCUAGUAUGAUACUAGGAAUUUGUGCUAGUAUUAUUCCUUUCCCUGAUCAUAAUCAGUCACCGCGUAAUACUUAUCAAUCCGCUAUGGGUAAACAAGCAAUGGGCAUUUACGUAACAAAUUAUCAGUUACGAAUGGACACUUUGGCAAAUAUUUUGUAUUAUCCGCAAAAACCUUUAGUAACAACGCGAGCUAUGGAAUUUUUAAGAUUCCGUGAAUUGCCAGCAGGUCAAAAUGCUAUUGUAGCAAUUCUUUGUUAUAGUGGUUAUAAUCAAGAAGACUCAGUAAUUAUGAAUCAAAGUAGUAUAGAUAGAGGAUUAUUUAGAAGUAUUUUUUAUAGAAGUUAUAUGGAUCAAGAAAAAAAAGUGGGCAUAUUAUCUAUUGAAGAAUUUGAUAAACCGACAAGAGAAACUACCUUACGUCUCAAACAUGGCACAUAUGAAAAAUUAGAGGAGGAUGGUUUAAUUGCACCUGGUACAAGAGUAUCCGGUGAUGAUAUAAUUAUUGGGAAGGUUACACCUAUUCCAGAGCACACUAUUGAACUUGGUCAACGAAAAGAUUCCCAUACACAUAGAGAUGCUUCCACACCAAUGCGAAGUACAGAAAAUGGUAUCGUAGAUCAAGUGAUGGUAACAACAAAUGCCGAAGGAAUGAAAUUCGUUAAAGUAAGAGUUCGGAGUACAAGAAUUCCACAGAUGGGUGAUAAAUUCGCUAGUCGACAUGGUCAGAAAGGUACUAUUGGAAUUACAUAUCGACAGGAAGAUAUGCCGUUUACUUCAGAAGGAAUUACACCAGAUCUUAUUAUAAAUCCUCAUGCCAUCCCAAGUCGUAUGACAAUCGGUCAUUUAGUCGAAUGCUUAUUAGGAAAGGUUUCAACACUCACUGGCCAAGAAGGUGAUGCUACGCCGUUCACUGAUGUGACGGUUGAAGCUAUUUCACACAGUUUGCGACAAAAUGGUUACCAUUCUCGAGGGUUUGAAGUAAUGUAUAAUGGCCAUACAGGACGCAAGUUAGCUGCACAAGUGUUCUUAGGACCGACAUAUUAUCAACGAUUGAAGCAUAUGGUGGAUGAUAAAAUUCAUUCUCGUGCUAGAGGCCCUGUGCAAAUACUUACGCGUCAGCCGGUUGAGGGUCGUAGUCGUGAUGGUGGGUUGCGUUUCGGUGAGAUGGAACGCGAUUGUAUGAUUUCUCAUGGUGUAGCCAUGUUUUUGAAGGAACGAUUAUUCGACGCGUCAGAUGC